AUGGCUGCAGCCAUUAAUCCAGGAGUCACCUGCCAACGUGGGGAGGGCAUUUGGAUUCUCAUGAGAACAACUAUGGGCUACCUGGAGACAGGCAGGACACAAGGCAGGACAGGAGGAAGAAGGCUACAAGGGGCCCAGAGUCGGUGGAUGGGGGCCUGUGCAAGGCGCCGGAUUGGGACCCUGGAGCCUGGCAUCCUAGCAGGUGCAGUGUGGGGGUCCCGGCCACAGGUGCAACUGGAGGCUCAAGAACAACGGGCAGGCGUGGCCUCCAGGGGCGCCGGGGGCGGACAAAAGAGCGAUUUAAAAAAGGGUGAUGUUGAGAAGGGCAAGAAGAUUUUUGUUCAGAAGUGUGCCCAGUGCCAUGCCGUGGAAAAGAGAGGCAAGCACAAGACUGGGCCAAAUCUCCAUGGUUUAUUUGGCCGAAAGACCGGCCAGGCUCCUGGAUUUUCUUACACGGAUGCCAACAAGAACAAGAAUAAAGGCAUCGCCUGGGGAGAGGAGACACUGAUGGAGUAUUUGGAGAAUCCCAAGAAGUACAUCCUUGCAGAAAUGAUCUUCACUGGCAUUAAGAAGACAGGGGAAAGAACAGACUUGAUAGCUUAUCUCAAAAAAUCUACUAAGGAGUAAUAGUUGGCCAUUGCCUUAUUUAUUGCAAAACAAAAA